GGCAGUUUCCCACUACAAAAUUUAAACAAAAAAACAAAAAAAAAAAAAAAAAAAAUCAAACACUUUCCUGGUCUUUUUCCUGGCGUCUCCACCACCGCCGCCACCGCACGCUGGACCGCCGGCGAGUGGUUCUUCUCCAUCGUCGUUGCCGCCAUUAGCAUUUCUUGUUUAAAAAUGGCGCCAAUUUCCUCCUCCUCUACUUCCAUCCAGCUCCUGGAGAUCAACAUGAUCUCCGCGCAGGACCUUUCCGCCGUAUCCAAAUCCAUGAGGACUUUCGCCGUCGCGUGGCUCAAUCCGAACCGCAAACUCACCACCCGAGUCGAUCAGAACGGCCACAAAAGCCCCACGUGGAACGAGAAGUUCGUCUUCCGCGUCGACACCCAAUUCCUCGACGACGAAAACUCCACCCUCACCAUCGAGAUCUACGAGUCCGCCUGGCUCCGCGACAUCAUGAUCGGCAGCGUAACAGUUAUGAUCUCUGAUCUUGUUCCCGCUGCCAUCAGAUCCCAAAGGAACUCCAAAAUGCGGUACGUGGCACUUCAAAUCCGGCGACCAUCUGGCCGUCCGAAGGGGAUUCUAAACGUCGGAGUUACUCUUCUCGACGGCACGAUGCGAAGCAUGCCUCUCUACAGCGAUGUAAGCGCCUCGGCGGUCGAGUUUUGGGAUUCAAUGGAUGUGAAAGAAAAAAAUUCAGGUUCUAAUAAAAAGAUGUUACUUCAACGUUCUAAAAGCGAACGAACCGACGAUGCAUAUCACAAUUCAAAACCAGCUCGAUCCGUUUGCAACGGGUCUAUGCUAAACGGGUCGAUGAUAAACGGGUCGUCUUCAAUGGUGAAUGGUUCGGAGAUUGGAGUUGGGAAUAAUAAUAAUAAGAAUAAUAAUAAAGGAGGGGGAGGAGGAAUGGGUUCGAUUUGCUCCGACGUCGGACCGUCGCCGUCGGUGGUGGCAGCCGCCAUAGCUAAAGGUUUGUAUCCGAUACCGCACCAUAAUAACAAUAUCUAUAAUAAAGAUGAAACCGGGAGUUCCAUAUUGGAUGAUUGGACGGAGCAAGAUGAUAGUGUGGAAGGGCUAAAGACUAAGAUUGAGAGGUGGAGAACGGAGCUUCCACCUAUUUAUGAUCAUUACCAAAACAGGAAUUACAGACCGGAAAACCAUCAGUUACAUCGUCAUCUUCGUCCUCCGAUCAGAACGGAAUUAAGGAAGAAGAAAACCGGUGGAGCUUUGUUUUCGUGCUUCAUUUUUGGGUGCGAGUUCUCACUUGCUUGCGGCGGAAGUAACCCCAGGAAGAAGAGGUUUAAUGGGAGCUCUUCUGAACUUACAUGGGACGAUGAUAUUUAUGUAUGAUUUGUUGAUGAUUAGAUAUAUAUAUAUAUAUAUAUACACACUAUGAAAAGAAGGGCAAAUUUGGAUGAAAAUGGAGCUUCUCAGCAAGAUGAUGAUGACGAUGACGACGAGGACGACCUGGCUGCUAAGGUGUACAUAUAUAUAUAUAUAUAUAUACAUAUAUUCUACUGUAUAUAUAUAUAUAUAUUAAGCACCUCAUGAAGUGAAUUUGCCAUGGCUGCAGAUAUUUAGGUUUUGAUCAUAAUUGGAAAAUUUUUGGAAAAUGGAUUGGUAAGGAUUGUGUACAGAGGUCCGAGAAGGUGAUGAGAAACCAGGAUGUGGCCUGCGUGUGGAUGAUAAUAGGAUAUGAUGUAAAUGGGAGUUAAGCCUCUUGUCUCAUAAUUUUCUUUUCUUUUCUUUUUUUUUUUUUUUAAUAUUUGAAUUUUUUAAAAUGAAGGUGAAUAAAAAGUUCACCUCCAUAUAUAAAAAAUUAUGUAAAAUAUCAUUUUUUUUUAAUGAAUUUGAAUUUCUUGUUUUCUUUUAAGUACUU